UUAAGUUACGUAAAAUCAUAACAGGUGGCGCCACCACCGAAAUCCUUUACAUUUUAUCCAUUUUCCACCUUAUUUUCGCAACAAUUUCCUAAAUCGUAAUUAUUUAAUAAUAAUUGUAUUAAUAAUUUACGGCCAUGUUAAAUUAAAAAUGCUUCAACGCAACGGAUGAUGAAAAAAAUCUAAAAGAUCGCCUUAAACCCGGAAAAAAAAAGUGAGGUUAGAAAAGAUGGAAGAAGCAAAUGAUUUAUUAAAAAAUGGAAUUUUAAUUGAAACGAGUAAAGGAUUAGUUUGUAUGUCGGUAACCGACGCGUUAUCGUCAAAUUUAAAUUUAUCAGUAGAAGAGCUCCACAGCGUAGCAACACAAUUACUCUCACAACAACAAAAUAAGGAGGUUGUAGCCGAUAGUGAUGGUUUUACGAGCGAAUCGAGCAUAGAUGUGAUAAAUAUUCAAAGCAUUCAAGAGCCUAUAUCCUUCGAUUUAGUCAAACCAGAAAGUAUCGAUGUAAAAAGUAAUGUUAAGUUUGAAGUUGAGAAACCCCCGGUGAAAAAGAGAGGUGGUUGGCCUAAAGGGAGAAAAAGAAAACCCGAAUUAUUACAUUUACCCCCAAAAGCCCCUGCUACUGGUUACAAUUUAUUUUUAAACGAUCAAAGGAAGUUAUUAAAAGAUAUUAAUUUACCGUUUCAUGAAAAAACUAAAUUAAUCGGGAAUAAGUGGUCCUCUUUAACUUUAGAAGAAAAAACUCCUUAUUUAGAGAAAGCUGAGGAAGAAAAACGAAGAUAUAGAGAAGAAUUUAGAGAAUACCGACAAUCGGGGGCUUACCAAUUAUAUUUAGCUAAUAAACGCAAGAAAAGGGCUAAAUAUAAUGUGUUAUCAGAAAGUGAUAUGGAUGCAACUGAUGAUAUUGAUGAUGAAGAUAACGAAGAAUUAUAUUGUAGAACUUGCGACCAAUGGUUUCAUAACCUCCACAAUAAAAGCGAACACCUUUUAAGUCGACAACAUCAACAAUCAAUAGCCGGAGCAAUCUCAAGGGAAUUAAAUUCCGAUCAAGAAACAGACGUUGCCGGAACGAGUAGUUGUUUAUCGUUUAGUACCUCAUUGGACGAAUCAAGUUUAGAUGGAAUGCCUCUAAAUAAUUGUGGAGGUCAAAAACAACAAAAUGAACCGAUUUCCGACGCAAUGACAAAUUUAAUUUGUGCCGUUUCUCGUCGCGAAGCUGAGAUUAAAGCUUUAAAAUCAAAGUUGGAGGAGACGUUGCAAAAAAACGGGACGUUGUUGCAACAGUAUAGGUCUUUAAAAGAAAUUGAAUGUGGUGUUAAGAAGCAUUUGGCUUUGUUGAAGGAGCAAGAAAAAGAUAUGGAAUUGAAUGUGUUUCGUUUAUGGCAGGUUCCUAGUUGGUUUAUUGUUACUGAUUUAAAUCAAAGUAAUGAGGAGUAUAAUUUGGAGUAAUUUGGUUAUAAAAGCGGGGGUGAAAUAAAUUAUUAAAUGUUUUAUAUUAUUAUGGUCAAAUACAAGGACUCAAACUUG